CUGAUAUGUGUUAUACUCGUUCCGGGGCUGGAAGCACCGAGCUCCGUACGCUUUCUGUCCGUGAGACACACACUCGAGUGAUGCGCGAACAGCCAGCACCAUCCUUUACAAAUCCAAAAAGGAGGUGACUUGAUCAGCAUAUGUUCUCCAGGUCAUCGCCUGGAGCAAACAGUAGAGCUGCUCUGCCAACCUACAGAUAUCAGGUCAAAUCAAUAACAAUGCAUGGCCAGUAAGCGGCCACUCAUGGCUCAUAGGAAGAGGCCGGGGACCAGCGUAGUGAACGGCAUGGCUGCCCCAGGACCUGCCUCUUGCCCCACUCCUCGUCCUACAGACUCAUGUGAUCUGAAAGCCAUUCCCCCUCGCCAACGCCCGGUCCGCUACCCCAAAGAGCCUCGUGAUCAGAAACCUCUCCCCCGUUCCUGUAAGGCACAAUACUCUUCUCCCAAAUCGCCAGACGUGGGUUGCACCCAUCCAGAAGUGGAGGAGAACGCAGAGGUGGAAGUGAAGCUGUACAGCAACCCAGCAGAUGCAGAACUGGAGAACAAGCGGCCAGCAACACCCUCUACGCCAGAACAUGAACGUGAACCAGAUGUUCAUGUGCGGGCGGACUUCCACGGUGGAGCUGACAGCCUGGAUGAUGACUCCAGCUCUGACUACAUUAACAACACCUCAGAUGAAGACUACAAUGAUGGGAUGGCAGAGGAAGAUGAAGGUGUGACUUACUACAUCCGCUACUGCCCGGAGGACGACAGUUACAUGGAGGGUAUGAAUUGCAGCAACCAGGGGGAGUGUAACCCCAGCCAGAGCCAGGGGGACGGUGUCACCCCCAUGCCGGAAGGGGGAGACCCCACUGAAGAGCGUCCGGAGGCUGUGGAAGGGUGGGUCGAGGAGGUAGAGGGGGAGGGGCCAGCAGAAGUGAGAGAGGAAGAAUGGGUGGAAGAUGAGGAGGUAGAGGGGGCAGUGAGGGAAGAGUGGAGAGAAGAGGAAGAAGGGGUGAGGCAGGAGUGGACAGAGGGAGAUGAAGAGCCGAAGGAGGAGUGGAUAGAGGGAGAUGAAGAGCCGAGAGAGGAGUGGAGAGAGGGAGAUGAGGAGGGAGAUGAAGAGCAGAGAGAGGAGUGGACAGAGGGAGAUGAAGUGCCGAAGGAGGAGUGGAGAGAGGGAGAUGAGGAGCCGAAGGAGGAGUGGAUAGAGAGAGAUGAGGAGCCGAAGGAGGAGUGGAUAGAGAGAGAUGAGGAGCCGAAGGAGGAGUGGACAGAGGGAGAUGAAGAGCCGAAGGAGGAGUGGAGAGAGGGAGAUGAAGUGCCGAAGGAGGAGUGGAGAGAGGGAGAUGAGGAGCCGAAGGAGGAGUGGAUAGAGGGAGAUGAGGAGCCGAAGGAGGAGUGGACAGAGGGAGAUGAAGUGCCGAAGGAGGAGUGGAGAGAGGGAGAUGAAGAGCCGAAGGAGGAGUGUAGAGUGGGAGAUGUGGAGGGAGAGGAAGUGCAGAGGGAGGAGUGGAGAGAAGGAGAUGAGGAGCCGAGGGAGGAAUGGAGAGAAGGAGAUGAGGAGCCGAGGGAGGAAUGGAGAGAGGGAGAUGAAGAUCCCAGGGAGGAGUGGAGAGAGGGAGACGAGGAGGUGAGGGAGGAGUGGAGAGAGGGAGACGAGGAGCUGAGGGAGGAGUGGAGAGAGGGAGACGAGGAGGUGAGGGAGGAGUGGAGAGAGGGAGACGAGGAGGUGAGGGAGGAGUGGAGAGAGGAAGGCCAGGUCAGGCAGGAGGCCUGGGCGGGGCGAGAGAGGCACCUGGGGGAGGAGUGGGUGGAGGGAGAGGGGGAGGUUCGCUGCGACGUGGUGGAGCAGGAUCCAGACGAGCAGAUCUACAAUGGAAGACCAGAACCCAUUUUGGACCAUCACCAUAACAACCAUCACCACCACCAGCCCCCCCUUACAGACACCCUGCAGGACAGAGAGGAAGAGGAGGAGGCAGAGAGUGAGGAGUACUGCCCUAAUGAGGAAGAAGAUGAGGAUGGUGACGAAGAGGAGAGACAUGGCAGGGCCUACACUGGAGACUACUAUGCCCCAGAGGACAAUGGGAACUCGGUGCGAGUCUCUCCGUACCGUGGCCGUAAGGUGCUGGUGGUGGAGGGGGAGACGGGGGAGGAGGCGGAGGAGGACAUUGACCAAAUAGUAGCUGAGAUCAAGAUAAGUAUGAGCAUGGGGAGUCUGAGCAGCGGCACGGACCAGAGCCCGGAGGAGCUGGCGCAGGACCCUGCCCCGAGCGACUACCCUCACCCCAAGCCUGACGCUGCCCCCUACCCACCAGCUCCCCAUCGCCAUGACAGCAGACCCAAGUCCCUGAACCUGCCCUCCAUGCACCACAACACCCCCGACCUCCAGAGGGGCGUCAAGGCACACGCACGCUCCUCUGAGGACAGGCAGCGAUGGCAACAAGAGCAGGUGAGCAAUGGUGCGGAGCAGCCCAGGAAACAGCAGCGCUCCGACCUCAAUGUUCCCCUGGAGAACAACAAUGUUCCAGAGCCAACAAAGAAGGUUACAGCGUUCCCCAGCUUUGUCGAUGUCCCAGGACCCUGUGAACCAGAGGACCUGAUUGAUGGAAUUAUCUUUGCUGCUAACUACUUGGGCUCCACCCAGCUGCUGUCUGAGAGGAACCCCUCCAAGAACAUUCGCAUGAUGCAGGCCCAGGAAGCUGUCAGCAGGGUCAAGGGUUCAGACGGAGAUGCUCAAACCCUCACCGAGGUCGAUCUGUUCAUCUCCACCCAGAGGAUCAAAGUCCUCAACGCAGACUCACAGGAAACGAUGAUGGACAACGCGCUCCGAACUAUAUCCUACAUUGCCGAUAUUGGGAACAUCGUGGUCCUGAUGGCGAGACGCCGCAUGCCACGCACAGCCUCCCAGGACUGCAUCGAAACUACACCCGGAGCCCCAGAGGCGAAGAAGCAGUACAAGAUGAUUUGCCAUGUCUUUGAGUCUGAGGAUGCCCAGCUCAUCGCUCAGUCCAUCGGCCAGGCGUUCAGCGUCGCUUACCAGGAGUUCCUGAGAGCAAACGGCAUCAACCCCGAGGACCUGAGUCAGAAGGAGUACAGCGACAUCAUCAACACCCAGGAGAUGUACAACGACGACCUCAUCCACUUCUCCAACUCUGAAAACUGCAAAGAGCUGCAGCUGGAGAAGAGCAAAGGGGAGAUCCUGGGCGUGGUGAUAGUGGAGUCCGGCUGGGGCUCCAUCCUGCCCACCGUCAUUCUGGCCAACAUGAUGAACGGGGGGCCAGCGGCGCGCUCUGGAAAGCUGAGCAUCGGAGACCAGAUCAUGUCCAUCAACAACACCAGCCUGGUGGGGCUGCCCCUCGCCACCUGUCAGGGAAUCAUCAAGGGCUUGAAGAACCAGGUGCAGGUGAAGAUGAAUAUCGUCAGCUGCCCUCCUGUUACCACCGUCCUCAUCAAGAGACCGGAUCUGAAGUAUCAGCUGGGCUUCAGCGUGCAGAACGGCAUUAUCUGCAGUCUGAUGCGCGGCGGCAUUGCUGAGCGAGGGGGGGUCCGUGUGGGUCACAGGAUCAUAGAGAUCAACGGGCAGAGUGUGGUGGCCACUGCACACGAGAAGAUCGUCCAGGCCCUCUCCAACUCUGUCGGCGAGAUUCACAUGAAGACCAUGCCGGCGGCCAUGUUCAGACUCCUCACAGGACAGGAGACACCUAUGUACAUAUAGACGAUGUCCAGGGACUGUCCAAUAAGGUUACGGGACAAACCAAGCUGACCAGUGAGCGGGGGAGGAGGCUUCUCCCUGACAAUUCAUCUCUUAUCAUUUCUUUCUUUGAGCUGAUGACUACAGCUCUUCAUCAAUCUCCUCCUGUCUGUGCUUAACAUGAAAUGCCCAUUUUAUUGACAUCUGACCAGCUGAAGAAUGUGUGUGUGUGUGUGUGUGUGUGUGU